UGAGACACUCAAUUGCUUAGACUUUCUGAGCCUACUGCAGAGGAACCUCCAGUCACAGCAUCAUGAACCAAAGUGCUGUUCUUAUUUUCUGCCUUAUCUUUCUGACUCUGACUGGAACUCAAGGAAUACCUCUCUCUAGAACUACACGCUGUACCUGUAUCAAGAUUAGUGAUGGAUCUGUAAAUCCAAAGUCCUUAGAAAAACUUGAAGUGAUUCCUGCAAGUCAAUCUUGUCCACGUGUUGAGAUCAUUGCCACACUGAAAAAGAAUGGGGAGAAAAGAUGUCUGAAUCCAGAGUCUAAGAAAAUCAAGAUUUUAUUGAGAGCUAUUAGCAAGGAAAGAUCUAAAACAUCUCCUUGAACAGAGAAGGAUAAUCACUGUAAUACUGAUAAAGAUGGACCAGAAAGAGACUACCUCUGCCAUCAUUUCCCUGCACACAAUAUAUGCAAGCCAUUAUUGUCCCUGGAUUGCAGUUCUCUUAAAAGGUGACCAACCACUGUCACCAAAUUAGCUGCUACUACUCCUUGAGGGAGGUGGACGGUUCAUCACCCUGUCCUGGCACUAUAAGCUAUGCUGAGGUACUACAUUUUCAGUGAAUGUACCAGAUCCUAGCCCUACUACUGACACUUUCCUCACAUGUCCUAUCUUCUAACUGUUAUUAAGGGAUAUUUCCACCUCUGGACUUAUCAGAGUUCUCAGAACUUCACAAAGUACCCAUAAUACAAUCUCCUUUUUUAAGAAAGACCUUUACUCCACGAACUUCUACUGCUAUCCUCCCAAGGGGCCCAUAUUCUUCCAGUGGUUAUAUAUAUAUAUAUAUGCAACUCCAAAUACAUAGAAGAACCUAGAAAUACCUGAAAAUGUAUGUGAAAAUACUAUUUUUAAUGAAAAGCUACAUAAAAUAGGAUUCUUAGAUAUACAUAUUUCUUGUUUUCAGUGUUUAUGGAGUAACUUCUGUAACUAAAUACCACACAUGACUGUGCAAUGAAAAAUUUUAAAAUCUAGAUAUAUACUCUGCAUGUUAUGUAAGACAGAUAUGCUGGAUGUGUUUCAAAAUAAAAAUGCUGUGCUCUCUUGGAGAUGUUAAGAAAGAUUAUAUAACUGUUAGCAGAUCAAAAAAGUAAUAAAAUAAUAACUAA